AUGAAAAAUACCAAAGGUCAUUUCCAUCAUCAAACAUAUUCUAUUUACGGAAAUCAUUUAUCAAGAUCUCGUUGGUUAAGUAUGAAAUCACAAGAAUUCUUCGAGCACAGAUUUAUUAUCCCCAUCGUGACAGUCAUACGUCUUAUAACAAUAAUUCCUUACAAAUGUGCCAUGACAGUAUUGCGAUCUAUUAUUGAUUUAGGCAAUUUUAACUCUUGCAGUCAUUCGAAUGGAAAAGAACAUUACAGCUGUGAAUAUGGUUCAGUUAAAUAUUAUAUCUAUUGUGGUAUCGGUGGAAUGAUAAGUUGUGGUAUAACACAUACAGCAUUAGUUCCAUUGGAUCUUAUUAAAUGUCGUUUACAAGUAAAACCUCAAAAAUAUGUGAAUCUCAUUAAUGCCUUUAAAGUAACGAUUGCUGAAGAAGGAAUCUUUGGUUUAACUAAAGGUUGGGCACCAACGUUAAUUGGUUAUUCUUUGCAAGGCCUAGGAAAAUUUGGUUUUUAUGAAAUAUUUAAAAAUUUCUAUGGCGGACUACUUGGCGAAGAAAAUUCUUAUACCUAUAGAACCACACUUUAUUUAUUAGCAAGUGCUUCAGCAGAAAUUUUUGCUGAUGUAGCCUUAGCACCAUGGGAAGCAACGAAAGUACGAAUGCAAACGCAAGAUAAUUGGGCUUCGUCUUUGAGGCAAGGUUUGCCCAAACUUUAUGCUGAAGAAGGACUAUGGGGUUUUUAUAAAGGUAUUGUACCAUUAUGGCUUCGUCAAAUUCCAUAUACAAUGAUGAAAUUUGCAUGCUUUGAGCGAACUAUUGAAGCACUUUACAAAUAUGUUAUACCUAAGCCACGCGAACAAUGUACAAAAAGUGAACAACUAGGUGUCACAUUCAUUGCUGGUUAUAUAGCUGGUAUAUUCUGUGCUAUUGUUAGUCAUCCAGCUGAUACAAUUGUAUCGAAAUUAAAUAAUGAAAAGGGUCUUAGUUUAUUUGAUGCCAUACGACGUGUUGGAUUUGCCGGUUUAUGGAAAGGACUUGGUCCACGUAUUUUCAUGAUAGGUACAUUAACAGCUUUACAAUGGUUUAUUUAUGAUACAGUUAAAGUUAUUCUUGCAUUACCAAGACCACCGCCUCCACAACCUCCACUUACAUUACAAAGACGAUAUGGUUUGAAUGGGGAUAAAGAACCUUUAAUACGUGAUUUGAUUGUGAAAACUUGA